AUGCAUCCGCUUGCAUGGGAUUAUCUACGACAGCGUAUUAAGAAACCAUUUCCAUUUGCAGCCCAAUUCCUGGAGGGAAGUUCAGCUGCAUUCUGCUUCACUUGUUUUCGUUUUGGAAGUUUUGCUCAAGAAGUGUACAUUGAAAUGGCGAAUGCUGGAACUCCGAAAACUAUUUGCAGGGUCACAAUUAAUGAGCUCGCGGAAUGUCUACCAGCAGUCAUGGGCCAGAAACCUCCGCCACCAACAGCAGAUUGUUGUGCAGCUCUGCACAAGGCCGAUUUGCGUUGUAUGUGCAACAAGAAAUCUGAACUCGCCCAACGUGGGAUCAAUCCUGCAGCUGCUAUGAAACUGCCAAAGCAAUGCAAAAUUAAUGUUCCUCGCGGAUGUUAA